AUGAAGCUGGAGUUUGCGCCGCUCAAUAUCCCGCUGGCGCGGCGGCUGCAGACGGCGGCGGUGUUUCAGUGGGUCCUGUCCUUCCUGCUCCUCGCGGAGGUGUGCAUUGGAAUCCUCUUGCUACUGAUCUUAUACAACUACUGGUUCCUGUACAUCCCUUACUUGACAUGGCUCUACUUUGACUGGCGUACUCCAGAGCAAGGAGGCAGGAGAUCCAACUGGGUCAGAAGCUGGGCCGUUUGGAAGUACUUUAAUGACUACUUUCCAAUUCAUCUCAUCAAAACUAGUGAUUUGGAUCCAAGUCACAAUUACAUAUUUGGGUUUCACCCCCAUGGAGUGCUCGUGGCUGGAGCCUUUGGAAAUUUUUGUACAAAUUAUUCGGACUUCAAGAAGCUCUUCCCCGACUUUACUGCGUAUCUCCAUGUGCUUCCGAUUUGGUUCCGGUGCCCUCUCUUCCGAGAAUACCUGAUGAGCAGUGGGCCAGUCUCAGUUUCCAAGAAAAGUUUGUCCUAUGUGCUGAGCAAGGAGGGAGGUGGAAACAUUUCAGUCAUUGUCCUUGGGGGUGCAGAGGAAUCCUUAGAUGCCCAUCCCGGGAAAUUCACUCUGUUCAUCCGCCGGCGGAAAGGAUUUGUGAAAAUUGCUUUGACCCACGGCGCCUAUUUGGUCCCUGUGUUUUCUUUUGGUGAAAAUGAACUAUUUAAACAAGUUAGCAACCCUGAAGGCUCAUUGCUUCGAACUGUGCAGGAUAAACUACAGAAGAUCAUGGGGUUUGCUUUGCCACUAUUCCAUGCCAGAGGAAUUUUUCAGUACAGUUUUGGCCUAGUGCCCUAUCGGAAACCUAUUCACACUGUUGUUGGCCAUCCAAUCCCUGUUCAUCAGACUCUGAACCCAACCCGGGAGCAGGUCGAGGAGCUGCAUCAGACCUACAUGGAGGAGCUCAGGAAGUUAUUUGAGGAGCACAAAGGGAAGUAUGGCAUCCCAGAGCACGACACUCUCGUUUUUAGAUAACUGUCCUCUUAGAAGGCCGCAGGAGG